GCCGAGCCACGCUGAGGUGACGGGUGGCCGCAGCCGAGCUACAGAGGCGCUCUGCGGCGGCGGGGCGGCGGCAAUCAGUCAGCCCGCCCUGAGGCGGCGGCGGGGCAGCGGCAGCCAGCCAGCCCGCCCUGAGGCGGCGGCGGGGCCGGCGGGCCGCGGCAUGGGGGACGACCUGGCGUCCGAGGGGGACACCCUGCUUCAUUCAGAGAAGGAGUUCCAUGAUGCGGCGAAGCGUAAUGACACGGCCAGGAUGGAGGAGCUCAUCAGGAGAGGGGUUGACAUCAAAGCCAAAAACAAUACAGACCGGACUGCCCUGCACUGGGCUGCAGGAGCAGGGAACGUGGAUGCUGUGCGACUGCUCCUGGAUCACGAUGUCCCGGUGGAUGACGAAGACAGUUUUGGAAUGAAUGCGCUUCUGCUGUCUGCCUGGUUUGGUCACCUCCGUGUCCUGCAGAUCCUCGUCAAUGCUGGGGCCAAGAUUAACUGUGUCAAUAGGAAUGGCAGGAACCUGCUCCACUGUGCGGCUCAGAGGGGACACAUCCAGGUGAUGGAGUUCAUCAUGGAGGACCUGGAGGACGUGUAUGUGGAUAAGACAGACAAGAUGGACAGGACAGCGUUUCACCUGGCUGCAGAGUAUGGGCGGCUGGAGGUGGUGGAGUUCCUAAUUGGACUGGGUUGUUCUCACAGCGCCAAAGACAAGGAAGAAAAUACAGCAUUGCAUUUAGCUGCUAAAAAUGGCAAUCUUUCUGUGCUGCAGAAGAUUAUAGGUGUUGGAGUGGACCUUGAUGAAAAGAACUCAGAAGGACUUACAGCUCUGCACCUGGCUGCUGAGGGAGGUCACAGUGACUGUGUGAAGCUGCUCUUGGAAGCAGGUGCCGACGUCAAUGCCCAAACCCAGAAGAAGAUGAACUGCCUUCACUACGCAGCACUGCACGGCUACGAGGAGAUCGCCAGGAUCCUCAUGGGCGCAGGAAUCCACACAGACGCUGUUAAUCAUCAAAAUGCAUCAGCAAUGCACAUUGCGGUACUGCAGAACUUCCCAGCUAUGGUCAAGCUCUUCAUCGACGCAGAGUGUGACCUUGACAUUCCAGAUAAUAGGCAGCAGACCUCGCUCCACAUCGCUGCAGAGCACGGCAGGCAGGACAUUGCCGAGAUGAUUCUCAUUGCAGGAGUUAAUCUGAAGCUAACAGACAAGCAAGGGAAAACAUCGCUGGAUGUUGCCGCCCGAGGCAAUCACAUCAACUUGGCGGACAUGAUUAUCAAAGCCGAUCGGUUUUACAAAUGGGAGAAGGACAACCUGAACAGUGAUUCUGACUCCUGGGUGGCAAAGCACUUGACCUUCAAGCAAGACCAUAGGCUGGAAACGCAGCACAUACGCUCAGUAAUGUGGAGAUUAGCUACUAAGUACCUCAAACCUGGUGAAUGGAAGAAGCUGGCACAUUACUGGAAAUUCACUGAUGCCCACAUUAGGGCCAUCGAGCAACAAUGGACAGGUACUAAAAGCUACAGGGAGCAUGGCCACAGAAUGCUGCUUAUCUGGCUCCACGGCGUGAUCACGGCAGGAGAAAAUCCAAUCAAGGGAUUGUACGAAGGCCUUGUGGGGAUCGGAAGAAGAGAUUUAGCAGAAAGCAUUCGGAAAAAAGCAAACGCAGACUCUGCCUCUCCACGGAAGUGCAUAGCGAUGUAACCUGGAGGGCACCAGCGGCGCCAUCAGCUGGUGCAUCCUCGGCUGGUUUUAGAGCUGCAGGAGAAACCCCUGCUCCGCUGCUCCUCAGAAGGCGGCUGCCACCCAAGGACUUCUUGUCACAAAGAGCUGGCAUCGCUGCUGCUCCCUGCUUGGUCUGAAAGGCGGCGAUCAGUAAAUGCUAGCCAUCAAAAACGCCUCUUUACGCAGAGGGGAGAUUUUUCUCUGCUAUGGCAUACGGUCUGGGUACCAGAAUUUCAGUGAGGGACUCUCAACUUGUCAUACUGUGAGUAUCAGGAAAUACCACACUAUUUUGCUGUAACUUGUUUACAUCACAUUUUUGUAUGUAAAUUUCUAAUUGCCAUUUUUUAAAGUUAUUGAGGGGAAAGCUUUUGUUUUCAGAAAUGUUCUUUACUUACCUUUUCUUUGCAGGGUUGGGGGGAGGUGUCUAUCACUUGUGUCUUAGAUGCGUUCAUAACGUCCCUAUGAGGGUGGGAAUUUCAGAGGAAGAGUCAAAGGCUGCCACUUGGGCCUUUUGGAACUUUAAGGGUGUGAUCUUUAAUGUUUUGACUCUUCACACUAUUGUUUAUAAGUGUACAUUAACCUACAUGUACUGUUUACAAAUCAAAGAGGCAACUUCUUUAAUCCCUAGGCUACAGCUUGAAAAGUAUAAGAUAAGGCUGGUUAUUGGUUAUCUACACAGCCUCUGACAAGGACAUACAAUUUUCUUAAAGACCAAUUUGUCACAUAAUACUCAGUAUUUAUUUUUUACUGCAUUUCAAGAGAAAAAUAAUGCCUGUAUUUCAAUAAAUCCAGAUUUUACGCUAAAACUUACUAGUUACGUCUUACUCGUUUGUUUAAAAAAAAUACUACAUACAUAAUUCUAACUUAGAGCUAAACCGGUGCAACCUUAUAAUUAAAGCCUGAGGUGAAUUCAAGCAGAAGGUGCUGAUUUUCUUAAUUUCUAAA